UCUUUUUUCUGGGGAAGAGGCCAUAGCCUCCUCAGGCAGAACAGGGCUGGACAGUAGCUUUGUGUUGUACUACCCUCCAAUUACUUGUUCUGACCGUUGCUCCUCCCUCCCCUGAGCAUUCUGUUACCCAUCCCACUUCAUGCCCCACCCCAGGUAUUCCUAUGCUGCCUGGCUGUGUGGACCCUAAACAUUGCAUGUUAAGAGCCAAGUGUCGACUUGCCUCAGUCUCCUGUCACCUACUUUUAUAUCCUUCGGGAGGGUAAUUGAACAAAGAUUGUGUAUGGGAUGGGACAGUAAAAAGAACCGCCAAGGAACCAUGUCUGCCUUUUUGGGCCCUUUCACCCUUCUUCCAGCUUCCCUUCUAUGGGUACCCCUGGUAUCUCUUUCAGUUGUGGGCGUUGCAGCCCCACCGCGGUGGCCGUUUAAAAGGAGGCCACGCCCACACUGGGAGGCGGGGCCAAGGCGGGUCCGAGGAGCUGGGGAAAGAACAAAGCGCGGCCUGCGGGUGGCGGUGGGGCCUUGCGGGCAGUGGCCCGGGCGGAGGCCCGGGCGGAGUGUCGCAAAGAGGGAGGUGACGUUGCCCCCACGCCGGCCGGGCCAUGAACGGACUGCCCUCCGCCGAAGCGCCAGGCGGUGUGGACUGCGCCCUGGCUGGGCUCCCGCCGCUGCCGCGCGGCCUCAGCGGCCUCCUGAACGCGAGUGGGGGCUCGUGGCGGGAGCUGGAGCGCGUCUACAGCCAGCGCAGCCGUAUCCACGACGAGCUGAGCCGCGCCGCGCGCGCCCCGGACGGGCCCCGCCACGCCGCUGGUGCGGCCAACUCCGGGCCAGCCGCUGGCCCGCGCCGGCCGGUCAACCUCGACUCUGCUCUGGCCGCGCUGCGCAAGGAGAUGUUGUCUGCAGGUGGGUCUGCGGCAGCUGGACAUGUCCCUGCUGUGCCAGUUGUGGGGCUUGUACGAGUCAAUCCAGGACUACAAGCAUCUGUGCCAAGACCUGAGCUUAUGCCAGGACCUGUCAUCCUCCCUGCACUCGGACAGCUCUUACCCACCCGACGCCGGCCUGUCUGACGACGAUGAGCCGCCAGAUGCCAGCCUGCCCCCUGACCCACCACCCCUCACUGUGCCCCAGACCCACAAUGCCCGUGACCAGUGGCUGCAGGACGCCUUCCACAUCAGCCUCUGAAGAUCUGGGGUCAGUGGGCACGCACCCAAACAAAAGGCUCAAAACUCACCCUUUCAGCAAUCCUCAGAUGACAGUGCCUGCUAUUCCACUGGUACCACCUCACCUUACCUCUCAGGAGGGCAAGGCAUGUGCUCCUCAGGCAAAACUGGCAGCCCCCUCCUGCUUAGCCGGCAUUGGGUGGGCUCCUAGGUUGCAGCCUGUGCCAUGGCACUGGGCCUCCACUUCUGCCACACGUGUGCGCCCCCAGCUCGGCCAACCCUUAGUCUGGCAGUGGGGCCCACAGCAUCUUGCAGUUCCCUUGGUCUCUGGGACUGGGAUGAGUGCCUGGCUCCCAUUUGUUUUUCAUCUUUUGCUGCUCUUGGCAGCUCCUGGCCAGGAGCAUCCCACCUCUGCCCCUGGAUUUCAGAGUCCUGGAUAAGGACUCCAGGACCCACCCUUGCAUCCAGCCAUGGCAGUAAAAGGCUAGGGCCCCAAGCUGGAUAUUUAAAUUUAGGGGCCAGCCUUCUGGGCGCGUCAAUAAAUGCUCUCUUGGCAUUCAA